UUUACACAAUCAGGUCAUCUGCAGGAUCACAUGAAGAUUCACAGUGGAAUCAAGCCUGAUGAAUGUGUUGAAUGUGGUAAAAAGUUCACACAUUCCAGUAAUCUGAAGGCACACAUGAGAAUUCACAGUGAAGUCAAGCCUUAUGAAUGUGUUGAUUGUGGGAAGAAAUUUACAAAUUCAAGUACUCUUCAGAAUCACAUGAGGAUUCACAGUGGAAUCAAACCUCAUCAGUGCAUUGUGUGUGAGAAAACAUUUACACAAUUAGGUUCUCUGCAGGGACACAUGAAGAUUCACAGUGGAAUGAAGCCUUAUGAAUGUGUUGAAUGUGGGAACAAGUUCACACAUUCCAGUAAUCUGAAGGCACACAUGAGAAUUCACAGUGGAAUCAAGCCGUAUGAAUGUGUUGAAUGUGGGAAACAAUUUACAUAUUCAAGUGUUCUGCAGAGACACAUGAGGAUUCACAAGGGAAUCAAGCCUUAUAACUGUGUUGAAUUCGGGAAAAAAUGUACACAAUCAAGUGGUUUGCAGAGACACAUGAGGAUUCACAGUGGAAUCAAACCUCAUCAGUGUGUUGUGUGUGAGAAAACAUUUACAAGAACAGAUAGUCUGCAGGAACACAUGAGAAUUCACAGUGGAAGAGAGUACAACAACACGGACAGGCAGAAAAUGUACAUCAAGUAA